AUGGCAGAUCGUACAAGAGUACCCAACAUGCUUGAUAGUUUUAUGUAUUAUCAAAAGAAUCCAACACCUCCAUAUCCCGGUUAUGGAGUACCACCCACUUAUCUUCCUAAUCAAACCAACGGUCAGCCAUAUAUUGCACAAGUUGGACUGGAUCCUUGGCCAGUCAAUGUGCCUGCUUGUCCACAAGAAUAUGAAACACAUUUUCCACUCGGUACUGAUUACUGGUGUACACCGGAAUAUAAACAAAUUCCGCAAAAUUUCAAUCCAACUGAGCCAACGUUGAUCAUACGUGAAAAUCGUGCGAAACCCGGUGUCAAACUUACCUACACUGACAAAGGAGCGGAAAGUGAUCCACGAAUAUUUCGUGCUGGUUACGGCACAUCCUCCGACGUUCCUGCUCGACCAUACUACGCUCAGCCAUGGUUAAUUAGCGAGAUUCGCAAGGUUAAACAUUAA